GUUGGUGAAGUAUUGAAUUUUGUAUUGACAGGAUGCAAAUCUUUGUGAAGACUCUCACUGGAAAAACCAUUAUUCUUGAAGUGGAAACGUCUGACACCAUUGAAAACGUUAAAGCAAAAAUUCAGGACAAGGAAGGAAUUCCUCCUGAUCAACAACGUUUAAUUUUUGCAGGAAAGCAGUUGGAAGAUGGUCGUACACUUUCUGACUACAAUAUACAGAAAGAAUCCACUCUCCACUUGGUACUGCGUCUGCGUGGUGGCAUGCAGAUUUUUGUGAAGACCCUGACAGGGAAGACCAUCACUCUGGAGGUAGAGCCAGCUGAUACCAUUGAGAACGUGAAAGCAAAGAUCCAGGACAAGGAAGGUAUCCCUCCUGGCCAGCAGCGACUUAUCUUUGCUGGCAAGCAAUUGGAGGAUGGCCGUACCUUAUCAGAUUACAACAUCCAGAAAGAAUCAACCCUGCAUUUGGUUCUUCGCCUCCGAGGUGGUUUCUGAACAGCCCACCUCAAAUUUCAGAGCACCAGCAUACAUUUUAAUGUGUACCUGUUAAAUAAUAUGUAUC